UUCGUCUUUGUGUUCGAAAUUUGUUGUUCGCUGUUGGUGUUAGUAAAAUUGUUGUAAAUGUUUGUGUGAAGGCAACAGGUUCAGGUAGUGCAGUUUGAUGAUACGGAGUUAUAUUUUCGUGCUUAGUGUUUCGAGGAGGUACAGAGUGAACCAUUAGGUGCGGUGCUUAUGAGUGUUUCCACAUACAAACCCCAGAGAGGUUAUACACUGUGAAAGUGUCAUAUUCUCAAAUUCCAACUUAAUUUUUGGUACCAAAAGGCCAUCAUGGAUAUAAUUAAAGUAGAGCCUGAUUCAGAUGAAGAGUCAGUCUCUCUGCCUUCACAGAGUGGAGAAGAGCCACUCAUUGAUAUAAAACAUGAAAUGGAACCUGUGCCAGAACCAUUUUGUGUAGUGAAGACUGAAGCAUACUGCUGUUGCAAGAUGCGAGUGUCACGUGUUCAAGCACAAGUGAAACCUGUCUGCCUGAUACCCACAGACACACACACAAUAGUAUCAGAUUUGAUGUGUUUGUUUUAGCAUUCUUUGAUGAACGUAAUCUCUUAAGCCAUGUCAUCAUGCUUUCCAGACACAAGAGACCACUUCAUACAAAGAUGAGUGUUGGGAUAAUGCUGCAGUCAAGGAAGAAAUGAAAGAUGAAGUGUCAGUAGAGGAACUUCAAGUGCGCACAGACAGUGUAGAGAGACUGACUGGUUCGCAAGGUUUCAUCUGUGGUCUGAGUUCUUCUGUGACACAAAUUGACAAUCAGCAGAAACAUGACGGAAAAUCUACAGAGGAGAGCAACUUGGUCAACACUUUUUUACAUGUGCAACUUGAUGGAAAAGUAGAAGAUGACUUUGAAACAAUGAAUACGAUGGACCCUUUAAGUACAGUAUGUAGUAAACAGUUUUCAGGAAACUGUUGCAUCCCAAAUUGUAUUCAUUCCCUUACAGAAGAGAAACCAUAUAAUUGUGAUGUUUGUAACAAGACAUUCUCAACCGAAGGGUCUUUCAAGAACCAUUUUCGCAGCCACACUGCCAAGAAGCCGUACGCUUGUGAUGUGUGCAGUAAGAAGUUUUCUGUUCGUAAAAUCCUCAAGAAUCAUUACCGUAUACACACUGGUGAGAAGCCUUUUGAAUGCAAUGUGUGUAAUGCAAAAUUCUCACGCAGCGCAAGUCUUCACAGGCAUCGUACAACACACAUGGAAAUUAAACAGUACAAAUGUGAUGUUUGUAACAAGAACUUUUCAAGGAAUGAUCAUUUGAAGAAACAUUAUCGCACUCAUACUGGAGUGAAGAUUUACAAAUGUGAAGUAUGCAAUAAACAUUUCUCACAGAAAGAAAAUCUUGUGAUACACAGUUUUAUCCAUACAGGUAAAAAACCUUACACUUGUGAAGUAUGUAAUAGAAGUUUUUCUCAGGGUGGACAUCUCAACGCGCACAAACUCAUACACACAGGGGAAAAGCCGUAUAAUUGUGAUGUAUGCAAUAAGAAAUUUCCAGUGCGAGAAAAACUGAGAAGGCAUUAUCGUAUUCACACGGGGGAGAAACCAUAUGAAUGUGUUGUAUGUGAACGAAGCUUCACAGAACUUGGCAACCUUAAGAGACAUCAUUCUCGUGUGCAUACUAGAGAAAUACCAGGUAGUGGAGAAGUGAUGUAGUGAAUAAUUUACACUUCAUGAACUUUGUUUUGUUGUAAAUAUUACCCGUGAGAUUUUGCUAGAAUGUGGCAAGUCAGUGUAUGGAAACUAGCUUAUUUUCUGUGUAUUUAUAUCAUCAGAUAAAAAUGCAUAAUGAGCUA